UUUGAUUUUUGGAGGAUGGAGGGAAAUAGAAAAGUUUCAUCCUGUUUACAACAAGCUUAUUAGAUAGCUGACUUAAACUUCUUUGGGUGCUUCAGUAUUUUAACAAUAUACAUAUCUUGUUGAAAAUAAUAUUAAACUAGACUUAGUCACAGGAGUGAAGAGUAGUGACUGGUAUGAAUGGAGCAUAAUGUGAAACAGAGAAGUGAGAGAUGGUUCGAGCUGAGGACGGGGAUGGUUGUGACAGCAUCGAGGUUUGCCGAUGCCAUCGGUGUUGGCAAAGGAAAGCCAUAUGACUUCCUUAGAAGUUUAUUAGAUGAUGAUAUGAGCAGAGAUGAUGGUAACCUGUUCACCCGGCAUGGUACCGAAAUGGAACCAGUUAUACACGAGGCUUAUGACCUGCUGACUGGUAACACAACAAGAGAGUCAGGUUUCUGGACCAUACUUGAUGAUAACAACCCUCUUAAAGAUAAAAUAGGAGUAUCUCCAGAUGCUGUUGUUCUUGACCCUGCUACAAGAAAGCUUGUUGGGUUAUGUGAGUUUAAGGCACCUGUGUACAGUAUGUACAGGGAUAUUCCAAGACAGUAUUUGGUACAGAUGCAUGGCCAGAUGGCAGUUACAGGUUUACCAUGGUGUGACUUUAUGGCAGUUUGCAGAACAAAAAGGGAGGUAAUGCUAAGAAGAGUUCAUUUCUGUCCUCAGUUCUGGAACUUUAUUGCCAGAAGACUGGUCCAGUUCUGUCUGGCAUACAAGGAACAUACUACUCCUGACAAGGAAAUCAGUGCUAACACCAAAAUUACUGAAAUUGUCAAACAGUGGAAUUAUAAUAAUUCUCCAUUACCAUUCGAAAGUAAAGUUCAGGUGACAGAUUUGUUACAGUGUUGUGGUGAUUUAUUCUUUGGACCAUCUGGGUACUGGAUGAACUUUGAACUUUUGAUGGGGUCAUAUGAGCUAAAUGACCUUGAGCAAAGGUCAAUAAAUUAUGAAGAAGAAAUACGCAAAGUUGAUGAAAUCAUUGAAGAAGACAGGAACUUUGAAUCUGAAAUGCUAGCAUGUGACCACUGAUCUUGUUAUUAUUAUUACUGUUUUGUUGGGUUUUGUGUUAGAAGUUUAUAAAUAUUAUGGCUUGGCGCUUGUCAUGCUGUGGACAAGCUUUCCAACCAGUGUAGAUCAUGAUCAGCCUGCACAUCUCUGCAGUUUGAUCAUAAUCUGCAUUGUUAGCUAUUCAGUCAGUAUCUUUUUUGGUAAUCACUGCUUUUCACAGUUAAUGAUACUGUCCAGACUGAAAGAUGGACAGGUUCAUUGUAGAAAUUCAGCAAGGGAAGGGUUAAAUGCAGUAUCUCAUAACCUGACAGAAGAUAAAGAACAUGAAAUUUGUCCAUACAUUUAGAACAAAUUUCUUUGAUUGACCAAACCCAUAACACAUGGUGGCCAACCCAUGCCACUUUGGUAGUGUACACAUAUGGGAAAUUGCUCAAUUCAAGUUAACGUGCCUGCAUUUUUCUGUAUUACUUGACAGAUUUUAUAGCAUGAAAACGAGUUUAAGACAGAAAAUUAGGUGUUUUCCUCGCAACAAGCAACUGCCAGACAUUCCUGAUACUUUCCUCUAACACUUGCCCCUAAUGUUUUUUUUUUCACAGAAUUAUCGAAUAUGCAAGUAAUGUUCACAGUGGAAUGUUUGUGAAGUGCUUGAAGGCAGUAUUGAGAAGUCUGGCAGAUACUUUGUGCCGCAGAAAACUCGAAUUUUUCUGUCUUUGAGGCAAUUGGUAAGGUCUCAUGUAUAAUGAGAUAGUUCAUAACUCUGGUAGAAAUUUCAAGAUAUUAUAUAAAUCAUUCUCCUUUCAAGAUAUUAUAUGAAUAAUGCUCAACAAAGUUAUGUUUUAUUUCAAUCUAUUCAUUUUUUUUCAAUUUUUUAAUAAAUUUUACACAAUUAUAUGAAAUAAUAAAUAAUUGACUUAAACAUUUA